AGCAAGCAGUACGUAAGGGUUGUGUGUGUUAGUGAGAUCUAGAGGAGAGGAGGAGCUCCGCGUGAGAGGACUUGUCACGCAAUACGUCACGAUGAUUCUUUCCCAGAAUCGGGGGGGAAUGGUAAUCAAUAAUCACUGCCUAGUCUUUGUGUUCGCUUUUCAGAGUUUCAGAAUCCGUUAACUAUGGGAAACUCUUUAAAAAUCGAGGGAAUUGAUAUCAAAGAAGAACUUGGCGGGGGAAGUUAUGGCGUAGUUUACAAAGCCAAAUGGAAUGGACGCUUUGCAGCCGUUAAAGUCAUGAGAGAUGACAUGUUUUGGUGUAAUCCUAGAGCAGUUGAGGAUUUUAAGAAAGAAUGUGAAUUCCUUCGAGUGUUAAAACACCCCAAUAUCGUUGAAAUGUACGAAGUUCUUUUUCCAGAAAACAGAUCGCCUGUUCUUAUCACAGAGCUCAUGCUUUGCGAUCUACAAUCGUACUACAUGAACUCGAAAACUACACCUAAAGUUUUGCUGGACGAAGUCAUUAGAAUCAUGUUGGAUGUCGGCGAAGGACUGAAAUUUCUGCAUGAACACGAGUGUCCCAUCAUUCACCGAGACAUCAAAUCUAAAAACAUUUUACUCAACACGAAACUAAAGGCGAAGAUUGCUGAUCUGGGCCAAGCAAUGGAGUCUCCGCUGGGAACUUCCCGGCACAUGUUUAAGACACCUGUCCCCGGCACGAUAGUGUACAUGGCACCGGAAACAUUCCCUCGCGGAAAUCGUCAGGUCAGAAGUGAUCGCCCUACAGUUGAUUAUGAAACAGAAAUCGACAUCUUUUCGUUUGGAGUUGUCUUGCUGGAAAUUAUAGUCGGUCACGUUCCGUCCCCCAAACCAAUUUGUACGCCAUACAAAGGUAAGUGUUGAAAGGAGCAGGGGUUGAGCGGCGGAAGGGAUGAAUAUUUUGGUUGAAUAUCCUUUAUUAUUGUUCCUACAUUCUCCCUAUUGGGUCCUAAUCCUUGGUUACUUUGUGUGUCAAAGGCGGAACAGUUUUCCGAACUUUUAGAACUUCCAGUCUUUAAAUCUCCUGUCAUGUCCUCAGUGCAGACCAUAUGUUUGUAUGAUAACUCGGUUGGAUUAUCGCUUGGAGUCUCCUAGAUACAUGAUAAAUCUCCUCUAGAGUUCACUUGAUCUCUUAGAUGAAAGUGAAUCCGGAAAAAUUCUCUCCUAAAGAGUAAAAAUCAAUUGAAUUUCAUGCUUAAUCUUAACCAUUACAAUUUCCUCAAACGUGAUUGUUGUAUUGGCUUCUUCGUUUCUCACUAAUCAUUCUGUAGAGCUGUAAUCGCUCAGUGUAAUCAGAAAGUUGGCUGUGAUCGGACGCCAGUAAUUGGACAAUUGAAGUGGCCAAUCGUACUAAGUCCUCUCAGCCAAAUCCACCAAUUACAGAAUUAAUCACAAUAACCAUAACAAUGACCACUUAUCCUAAGAAAAAAUUGAGGAAUUUCCAAAACAGAGAAUUUUUUUGCUACAGACAUUGUCUCUACAGGAGAUAUUUGACCUAAAUGUAUUUGUUGUUUCCUGAAAUUGUGAUGGUUAUGAUUAACUGGUAACAGGACUUCUAUGUCAUCCAGUUUUGUGUCUGUAAUCAUACUUGUGAUUGAUAAAUUGGACUCCUGCUUCAUGGUCAUCCAAUUCACUAACUACUCAUAUGAUUACAGAGCAAAUUGGACUCCACUUUAGCUCCUGUUACCAUUAUUAAUCAAAACUAUAACAAAAUUCUUGAAUGUGAUUGGUUAUCACUGGUCCAAUUUGAGCACUAAGAGGACAUUGUACACAAUAUGCUUGUAAUUGGAUUGUGUAUAGAACAGUUGACAUAAUUAUAAUGCCUGUUUAAGUGGGCAGUACGCAUCAUGUGCGUGCACUGUUGUUUCACAUUUCACCAAGUUAACUUUUUUUUUUUGAAAAAGUAUAACCAAUGUCUAACUUUUUCUCAAAUUUUGUCAUAGUUUUGAUUAAUUGGUAACAGGACUUUGUCAUCCAAUUCAUUCUGUAAUCACACUCAUUAUUAACAAAUCGGACUCCCACUUUGCAGUUGUCUAAUUUUGUUAAUCACAUGUAUAAGUACAGACCGGAUUGGACUCCACUCAGUCCUAUUACCAUUAUUAAUUUACAACAUUUAUGAGUUUCCUGUUUAAAGUUGAGUGUUAUUUUGUCAUUUCAAUUAGGAUUAAUAUGUAUUCACUUUAGCUUCUUCAGUAAGAGGGGCUAGAGUGGAACAAAGCAGUUGGAAAGAUAAUCCAUAAAUUGUGACCUAGCUCUUCUGAGUAUGGUUUAUCAGCAUUUGGUUUUCUUGACUGUUCUGUGGGCAUCAAUCAAAGGCAGAGAAUCAUCCUCUCCUCCCAUCAGUAAAUAAAAUCCUUUUGGUGGCUGGUAUGUCACUUGGUGAUGUCCAUGGCUGAGAGAUUGUCAGAUAAAUGAAUAUUUGACCAAGAGGUGUGGCAUGGACCAUCUCUCAGCAAAGGACACUAUCAGCCAACUUGUCAGCAAGCCAGAAGGGGCUUUAUAUAUUCUUCAAGCCUUCCAUUAAUUUUUUUAUCAUGUGUUGACAAAAAAUUUUGUUGACUUCCCAAGCAGCAUUUGAGAACAGCUUUUUAAUGUCACUACCACUGGACUUGACAAAACAAGUUCCUUUUUCUCCCAUGCUAAGGAAUAUAAAUGAGUUUGUUGAGCAAAUUAUAGCUUACUGCAGGAACAGAGUUAUUCCCUUCUCUCCCAGGAGUGACCAAGACAUAAUCUCUCCUUACUUUAACAAUACAAAUUAAGCUGACUAGUAAUGAGAAUAUACAAAAUUAUCAACCAGGGGAUGUUCUAUGAUUUAACAUUUAAUUCUUGAAACUAAAUUUAUCAAAUGUGAAAGACAGUAAAGAGGAUUCCUUUAAAUACCCUGGGAAUGGGGCUCAGUGUCAGUGAUCAUUAUUUUGUUGACCCCACACACAAUUAAAUGUUCAAAUUUUCCUUUUUACAAAAAAUUAAAAGUCCACAUUGAGUGCUCUUAGUCUUCAAGAUCACUUUUUAAUGAACUUGGCACCUUAUCCAGCCCCAGAAAUGAAGAACUGAGGUAAUUGUGCCUCUUAAGAAUGCAACUUUCCCAAAACCUUAGGGAACCAAGACACAGACACUUAAUAUCCCAUUCAGUGCCUGAAGAUUUAACGAUAAGGCUAGUACUGUAUCUCUCAGGAACAAAUGCACUUCUGGUACAAACUCCCCUUUGAUGCUUAAGUAAGGAUAGGUGGAGAGGAGGGGUAGGCCUUGCCUUGAUCUUUUAAAAAAGAAAUUAAAAAAGAAAUUAAGAAAUGUUUUUAGUUCAUGUUACACUUGAUGGAUGAUGAUUUGUGGAAUUUUAAAAUUGUUGUUGAAGUUCCAGUUUCAAUCCCUGUCUUACCAAUAGAAUCAUGAACCUUAUAAAAACACCUUUGUUCUCUAAUUUUCGAUGCAGAAUAGCACAACACUGAAUCACAUUAUUAUUUCACCAAUUUACCAAUAUGUUAACCCUUUAACCACCAUGAGUAACCAACACAGAAUUUGUCCUUACAAUAUCAAUACAAUAUCAAGCAGACAAGUGAUGAGAAUAAAGAAAAAUAUUAUUAGGGAUUAAUAGUUGAUUCAGUACCAAAUUCUCCAAAUCAACAUUACAUGAACUAUAUAGUAGACAGUAAGGAGAAUUACAAAUGAGAUCUUGGGAGUUUAAGGGUUAAAGUAAAACUCCCACGAAACCUAUGGAAAGUGGCAAAUGUGCCAAGACCUACAUAAUUGAUCCUGUUGCUCCCAGAUCAAAUUUGUCAUUCUCCUUACUGUAAAUCACACAAUUCUUAUGAUGUUAGCUCAGAGAAUUUAGUAUUGGAUCAACUAAUUAUCCCCAAAUUGAUAUUUUUCUUUAUUCAUAUCACUUAUCUGGUUGAUAUUGUAUUGAUAUUGUAAGGAGAAAUUCUGUUCUGGUUGCUCAUGGGAGUUAAAGGGUUAAAAACCUAAGAGAGCUCAUAUGAAAGUUCCAAAGCUUUGACUACACUCAGCAGGGUUGCCUCUUUUUUAAGAAAAGGGCUGGAAGGUUCAUUGUCAUAUUAAGCAUGUUCCCAGGAAAAUUAUUACUGCUGUGUCAUCAUAUGCCAUAGUAAUUUGCUGUUCCUUGGUAAUUGGGUUCUUAAUUUUAUUACCAUUUAGAGGAAAAUAAGUAAACACAAGUCCAAUGUAAUGAGUAAGCCCCUUGCUAAAUCAAAAAUACCCUAUGGAUUGUAGAGCCUCACUAAAAGACACCCUGAUGAAUUGUGAACACCCUUCAAAAUAACUUGAGGUAGAAGUUAUUUAAUAAUGAGUCAGUUGGACUUACCAACACCAGCAAUAGUGGACUAGGUACCUUAAGGUGGGGUUAUGCCACAAUUACCCAAGGUUUGUAGGACACUGCUGGUAUAGUGAGAGGAUGGUCACAUUAAUUGUUGCAUCAUAUCAUAUUUCCUUAGCCCCGCCCCACUCCUGGUUACAAAGCAAUGUUGGUUUCCUUGCAAUGUUAUUAAUGUUUUCAUUUAGUUUCUGUGAUCCCCUUCCUGAUCCUCCUUUAUCUGUAUCACUCUUCACGCUGUGUUUUUAUAUAUGUAUUAUAUACCAGAUUUACCACCUGGGCCCUGUUGAAUAAUGGUCGGAAAUGCUAUCCAACAAAUAAAUUGCUACACAAGAGAUAAGUGAUAGAAAAACCUAUAGCGUAAGCCAAUGCAUAGAGUUUUCUCCAGUGGAUAGCACUAUCCAUUUUCAAACAAGUGGGGCCUGGCUGUUAAAAACUACACGCUUUGUGAAAUGCUGACAGAAAUAAGCUCUUAUGUAGUUCUGUUAUUUACGUUAUUGGAUUUAUUACUGGUACGACUGGCACCAUCAUGUAGACUGAUCUUUGGGCAUGUUAUUUAAGAUUAAAUUGAUGUAAUAGUCAGCAAAAAACUAGUGUUGAAUCAAGUAAAUCGACAGUUUACUUUCAGUAAAUACCAUCUAUAAACUUACUAACCCAUCAGGAAUAUGAGACUCUCUUCCCUCAGUAACAAAUCCUCCUUUGAUAAUGACCCCCUCCCCUAACCUAAAAAAUCAAGUGGGAUAGUGCCCCCCUUGAAACAGCAUCUUUUCCACAAAAGCUAAUGGAAAAUAGGUCAAAUUUUGUCAAAGUAUAUGGAGAUUUGUGUUGCUAGGGAACCAUGAGAAGAUUUGGAGAUAUAUGGAACAGCCCUGUUAUCCUAUAUUCAGAGGGGUGGUGUGGAGGUCUGAGGGGUGGAGGGGUACUAAAAAGGUACUGUUGUCUCUACUAAGUCAGUGUCUUUCCUUAUUUUGUAUCAGAUGGAAACAUAGUACGGGAACACAAUCGACGAAGAAAGGAACUUGGAGAGAUGGGCACUCUUCACCCUCUACGUGAAAUAGUCCUGCAAUGUCUGGAAAAUGACCCAUCAAGAAGACCCUCGAUUAGCCAAGUGAUUAAUGAUUUGCGCAGAAACGACGGCAGUCAGAAACGAAUUGAGUUGAAAAUUGCUUUACUUGGAAACUCAGGCGUUGGAAAAUCUCUUUUGAUAAAGAAAUACAUCAACAAGGACUUGCCAUCAGAACUUGUUCGUUCGACAAUCGGUGUGGAAUUGCAUCCAGUGCCGCUUCAAAUUGGAAAUCAAAUGGUAAUUCUGAGAAUUUUAGACCCGGCAGGCCAGGAGAGAUUUGACAGCAUUGCUCCAGCCCUGUUCAGAGGCUCGCAUGGAGCUUUCCUUGUCUAUGACAUUAGUGAGCCGAGAAGUUUUUCUGAUCUCCCAAAGCACUUGAGCUUUAUUGAGCCUGUGUGCGGCGAAAAUGUCAAAGUUAUGUUAAUUGGGAACAAGAAAGAUCUUCAAAGAAGAGUCCAUAAUGAACUUGCUCAAAACUAUGCUGAAAAAAACGAUAUGGAGUACCUUGAAGUUAGUGCGGCAACUCUUGAAAACGUCGAGGAAAUGUUCGAGGGCUUAGCGAAAAAAAUUUUAGAAUCACUAGACAUCAGCGAUGUACAGAUUAUGGAAAGAAAAUUACAUCGGAGUCAGUCUCGAAUCCAUCUCGGUGAAGAUGAUCAGGAAGAACCCGGUGGUAAAUGUUCGUGUUAGCGUAGUCUUUAUGGACCUUAAGUUGUCAGGACUGCAACGUAUUCAGGAAGACGUGUAUUCCAAAAUGAAUUUUUAUUUUCAGUUAAAAUUUCACGCGAAGGCUAGAGGUGUUUACAACUGUCUCUUUUGGUACCACACAGGAAUCACUGAUGAAGUACGAGAUAAAGUUAACAAAAGAAUCAUGUAUGUAGAAAAAACUAUCAAUCAGUAAUGAAUCAUCGCGCCAAAGGCAGGAAUUACGAACCUCAAAGGUCAAAUAAUUGUCACGAUUCUAAUUUCACGCAUGCCCAAACUCUUAAC